CAUAAGGGCAUGUAUAUGUCUAUGCGAUUUAAUAUGUGUGAUUGAGUUCCUCUGUGUUUGUAUGAGAGCGAGAGGGGAAGGAAGAGAAGAGAGUGCAGCGACAAAAGUAUACGUAUGCGUGUGUUCCCCUCCCUCCCCCGCAUAUUUAUACACACUCUUGAAUAUGUUGGUCAGAAGAUGUGUAAGUGUUCGAGUGAGAACCGUUUGAAAGAAGAAACUAGCGGUGGAGCAAGGAAUGAUUUUUACUUUCUUUCGCACGCCAAUUUUAUCUGUCUGUCUAUCUAGCAGUUUAUCUAUCGAUUAAUUGAUCCAUCUAUCUAUGUAUCUAUUUAUCUCUUUCGUUCUUUACAUCAAAUAAGCAAACCAAUUAUUGAAACUAAUAUAUACAUACACAAAAAAAAAGUAUCACGAAAAAAGAUAACUAAAAAAAAAAUCUAAUAUCUUUCAUAUAUAUAUAUAUAUAUAUACAUAUAUAUAUACACGCACAUGCGCGCGCACACACACACACAAACCCCACAGGUAGCUAUAUCUACGUACAUAAAUGAUAUACAUGUAUGCUGUGCCCGAUUAAGGAAUGCGCAUUGAAAUUAAAGGAUAUAUUUACUACACAACAUCGAAAAUACCACUACCUCUGUCACGACUAUCAUCAGCAACAUCAUUAUUAUUACCAGGAACAUAAAUACUACACACUUUUGUGAAUGUAUGUGAGUAAAAAAGAAAAAAAAAGUGAGGAGAGAAAUUGGGGAGGAGAGAAAAGCGAAGUUACAGAGCCAAAGAGCUGAGAAACCGAAGGUGUAGUAUAUAGAUUAAGCGAUAUUAUACAUACACACAUAUAUAUCAAUAUAAACACAAUAUAUAAGAUUAACAAUAACAAGACGAACACAACAAAAGAGCCUGGAAUUUUAGCAGCUUGCGAAAAAUGGCAGCCACUUUUCGAAUGACUGUUGGAAUGCGUAAGAGGCAUAAAGAUGUGCCCGUGUUCUUCAAACAGGAUGGUAAACGCUUUCCUCUCUCCAAGACUGUGAAACUCAACGUCAACACACCUUACAAUGUGAUUAUUGCCCUGGAACCGCCAAGACUAUUGGAACGUGUCAUAAUACAUGGUGAUCCUUUGACCCCUAAACUACUGGAAGGAAAUAGUUCCAAAAGUGUAUUUCUGCAAGAAUGGUCCAGUGAAUCAGCUGACUUCAGUCCCUCGGGGAAACGGACAGAUAUCACAUUUAUAAUUGAAGUAAGUUCAUUCAGCUAUCAUUACUAAUAUUAUGUUUUUAAC